AUGAUGGGGGCGCGUCGUUUGGAAUAUAAUUCAGUUCGCAAUGGACAAAUGGACUCGACUAAGCAUGACUUAAUUAACAUAAUACGUUCUGAUAGUUUGAUAGAAAGCUAUUUGCAGUUCCACAUUUCCCAUUACGUUCAAUCAAAAGCGGAAGCCGUGAAAGAAAGUUCGAGCAAAGGGAAUAAGAAAGAAAGAAAAUCCGAAAGUUGUCAUACUUAUAGAGCUCUGCAUUCGACUUGUGAACUUAAUUUGAAAGCUAAGUAA